AUGGAAGUAUCUGGUCAAAAGAGCUCCAUCAAUGAACAUAUUCCAAAUGUGGACCAAAAAAAAGGGAAUAUUGUGGUGCCAAAGUUAUAUCCAGACUCCUUCCUGUUUGCCAAGUGGGGCGAUGGCCUGUCAGAAGACGAACAGAAAGAGGCUGAGGCUCUGUUUAAGAUGUAUGGAUACAAUGUCUUCCUGAGUAACCAGUUGCCACUUGACAGGGAGCUUCUGGAUACAAGAGACAGCAGAUGUCUGACAAAGAAUUAUCCCAAAGACCUGCCAAACAUCAGUGUGGUACUAAUCUACGUUAAUGAGGCUCUUUCUGUCCUUAAGAGGGCAAUACGAAGUAUCAUCACCCACACUCCAAAGCACCUGCUCAGGGAAAUCAUUCUGGUGGAUGACUAUAGCACUUACAAUGACCUUGGAAAACCAUUACAAGACUAUAUAGAUCAGAUUCACAAUGAGAGGCCUAGACUCAUAAAGAAAGUGCAGCAUCAGCGACAAAUGGGCUUGUCCCAGUCACGGAUGACAGGUUGGGAGCAUGCCACAGCUGAUGUUGUGGCCAUAUUGGAUGCCCAUAUUGAAGCCAAAGAGGGAUGGGCAGAGCCUUUGCUGGCCAGGAUCAAAGCUGACAGGGCACUGGUAGUGUCCCCUGUGUUCGAUAAGGUCCAUUUUGAUGACCUACACGUGGAAAGAUACCAAUCAUCUUCACAUGGCUUUGACUGGGCUUUGUGGUGCAUGUACGAGUCCUUUAGCCCAGAGUGGUCAAAGAUUGAGGAUGAAUCGCAGCCUGUGAAGAGUCCCUCUGUUAUGGGAAUCUUCGCAGCAGACAGAGGCUUCCUUGGAGAAAUCGGUGGGCUUGAUGGUGGAAUGACAGUUUAUGGUGGAGAAAAUGUCGAACUUGGGAUUCGUGUGUGGCUGUGUGGAGGAAGCAUAGAGGUUGUGCCUUGCUCCAGGAUAGCUCACAUUGAGAGGGCACAUAAACCGUAUGCACUGGAUCUCAACCCUGCCAUGAGGAGAAACGCCUUGAGGGUUGCAGAUAUCUGGUUGGAUGAUUACAAGAAGAAUGUGCUGGUAGCCUGGAACCUUCCUCUUAAGGAUCAUGGAAUAGAUAUUGGCAAUGUGUCUAAAAGGAAGAAGCUCAGAGAGAAGCUCCAAUGUAAACCUUUCAAGUGGUACCUGGACAACGUUUAUCCAAGUCUUGAAACAUGGGAUAACCUCUUGGGGUAUGGUGCGCUGCAGAACACCCUUGUUAAGCAGUACUGUGUGGACCGGGGAGCCGUUCCAGGAAACAUCCCCAUCUUGUAUGAGUGCCACUUUGAAAAGCCACAGCAAUGCUACUACAACGCAGACAGUGAAAUCAUCAUUGGGGGGAUUAAAUCUCACAAAUAUAACCAUAACCACUGCCUGGUUGAUCCAGGCUCUGGCAGCACCCCCAUCCUGCAGGACUGUCAACUGGCAAAGCUACACCAACUACACAUGCACUGGGACUUCACACAAGGCCAAGCGAUCAGAAACAAAGCAACAGAGAGAUGUCUCGAGAUCGCCCCGGGCGAAAGCUCUUACUAUGAGCUCAUCAUUCAGCGGUGCAGUGGACAGAGUUGGAGGAUUGAGCAUCUCAUCACAAGUUUUUAG